UAUUCACUAUGAGUUACUAAACAAGUGAAGAGACAGAAACGAUAAUUGCUCAGCCAUUUUCCACCCUGUUGAUGGUGACAAAUACAAAAUCAAUCACGAAUAAGUUUCCAAUUUUGUUUCAUCUUCUCUCUCAAUUCAAGUGUCAUCAUUAACUUUAAUCAUCAAUUGAAAAUGUUUAUCAACUUAUAAUUAACAUCUCAAUCCAUUGGAAAGUAACAAUCAACUAAUUGUUGGAUUUUGUACAUGAUACAAUUGACUUUAUAAUCAUCAUAAAAUCAACAGUUUGGUUUAGUUAGUUUAAUUAUUUUUCUUUUUUCUUCCUUCCUUUCUGGACAAUUAAGUGUUGAAAAGUGUUCGUGUCUCUAGUUGAUUAAGUUGAUUGUGAAUUAAACUAUCGUUAUGAAUUCUCGGUCUAAUCACAAUCAAGACGCUGAUCCAUUUUUCCCGUUAGUAUUUGCAGUCGCUGAUUUUACCCAGCAACUUUCAGCAAUUCAUGAGCGACAUGCUGACGAUUUACAAAUUCUGGUUGAAGCUUUCAGAAAACGAAAUGCUGACCUACGGAAAGAAAGAUCUUCAUUUCCUUCUGCCUUAUUUACUCUAUGGGAGUUGUUGCUUCAAGAGGUUGAAGUUGAUUCUCAAAUUCAUGGGGAUGUGUCAAGGUGCCUGAGUCGAAACCUGGGAACUGGACUGAAAGAAAAAACUUUCCACCGGAAAAUUCAAUCACGAAAGGUUUUCAUUCAUCGUGCAAGUCUGGACGCUCUAUUAACCCGAGCUGAAGAUUUACUAAAAAAGACUCAAUCAGAUUAUGUUGCUGCUUAUGAUAACUUUUGUGUUGAACAAACUGAGAGCAAUUUAAUUAAUUACUACGAUGCUCAUAAUAAUUAUGUUCAUCAACUUCACGCUUUCAAUGGGAUGCUGAAAUUAUACAUUGGCGAAGUACUUCCCAACAUUUACGAGGAGAUACAAGAGGCUUACUUGGAUGUAAGUGAUAUUCUUGCUUGUUCAAUUCAAUCUGCUGCUGAAUUUCUUACAAACAAGAUUCGUGAGCAAAGUAAUCAUUAUCAGGCGAUCAGUUCAGCGGCUAAAAGUGUCACCAAUGGACGAAAUGACCUAGUUCCAUAUAUAAAAGGGUUGAACGUGGACAAAUCGUCAAUGCCUUCACGAAUGCACACCUUUGUGUCACCAGCCUUAAUCAAUGAUACCACGAUAGCCUCUAGUUUCCCACCGGAAGUUGCUUCCGUGUUAACAAAUGAACUUUAUAUUGAUAAAUCAUGCCGAUAUGUAUUCAGAAGUAAAUUGGACGAAUUGAAAUCUGAACUGAACAAUUUAGACGGGAAAAUACAACAAUUGGAGGAAGCAAUUGAAUCGCUUCUCAAAUUACAGCAAAGAAGCCUGGAUUCCAACCUUCACAAUAAAGCUAAUGAGAUACAGGAAGAGAUCUGCUUGAAAAAGUUUGAUCUCCAUGUAGCUCAUAUGCACAUGGCUGCUAUUAAAUCACAGAUUGAGUUAUAUACAGCAAAAGAGCGUGAAUUUCAUGGAGACAAUGGAUUCCUAGUGAGCCGAGAACGGAAAUCAUCAACGACAAGCACAACAAGUAUUAAGAUGAAAUGGUUCAAGGCUUUCAAAAGCUUGAAAUCUACACCAAACAAUAAUGAAAGAAAUUCUGAUGAUAAGAGAUCAAGUAGGAACUCUGAUUCUAAUCCAUCACUUUACCUGUAUGAUGGAGUUCAACAUGUUUGGACUGAAUAUACUUAUAAAAAGAUAACACCAUGUGACAUUUGCCAUGAAGUUCUAAGAGGACAUUCGAGACAAGGAAUGAAGUGUAAAAUGUGCAAGCUGAACGCUCACUCUGAGUGUACCGAUAAAGCCACCAAGUGCCAACAACCGAAAACCAAACUACUUCGUCGUCAAAAGUCAACUUCUGAAAUUGAAGCCAAAUUAGUUUACAAUGAAAUGGAUGAUGAAAAAUCUAUUACACAACAAUCACAACAACAACAACCGUCAAUUGAUCCAAUUUAUCAGUUACUUCGAACUGCAAAUGAGGUUCGACGUAAUCCAUCCUCAAUGAGUGACCUUAACCAUGGAAUCAAUGAUUCACAAGUAACCGUAACACAACCCACGGUGGCUCAUGAUCGUUUUUCAAAUCUUGUCUCAAGUCUAAUGCCUCCUCAUCAUGCACGAAUCAGAACUUCAACUUCAUCUUCAAAUUCAUCAUCAUCUUCCCAUCUUCUUGCUGUUAAUACCAAUUCAAUGCAUGCAUCAUGUUCAGCUCCUCAUAGUCCACAACGAAAAAAACUUUCCCUACGAAUGAAAAGUUUCUCACUGGACGAAUCGACUCAGCAUGUUCAACGAGCUCGACCACCGAAUUCAAAUCAUACCUCAUGUACGAUUUUUCACCAAUUUUACUCGGAACCAUUUGAUUCUUCAUCUUCAGCAUCCUCUGAUCGUAUUACAUGUAAAACAAAUACAGGGAGUCCAAGAAAACCUACUUUUGGAAAGAUUCGUAUGAAUUCAGUUGACCUACCCAAUACAAAUGCCGAUGCAAGUGCCUCACCCUCGCCUUGUCCAUCACCGCAACAGUCUUUCAAUAAGAAACCACAACGCCUUUUACCAACCAAUUUGUACGUGGCCCUGUACAAUUUUAGAGGUCGUCACGAAGAUGAACUUGACCUAAAAGCGGGGACAACAUUGACUGUUACUGAUACGACUGAUCCAGAUUGGUGGCAAGGUAAAACUCACGGGCAAGUUGGCCUAUUUCCAUCCAAAUAUGUGGCUAAACUUUAUUCUGGUGAAAGGCCGCUUCAAAUGCUUCACACGAUUCAAGUGAGUGACGGUGAAGGAUCUAUGGUCAAGCUACUCAGAGAUCAGAUUAUUAUUCAAGUUGGUGAGGAAUUAGAUGGAAUCGUGAUGAUUAGAACUGGGAUGAGUGAUAAAGCCAUUUCAUGUCCUGCUAAAUAUGUCGCCGAAGUUUAAAUAACGACUGAGACGAAUAUGAGUCAAUCUGGCUAAUUGGAGAGUUCACAUUAUUGAAAUUAAAUCGAUCGCCAUCCAAUUAGAUUGUUAACUGACUGAAUUCUCGUAAAUCUAGGAAAUGCUAUUCACAAUUCUGAUUAAAACUAUCAGAUUAUUGGAUUUUUUUCCAUCAUUGAUUUUCUAUCAUCUUUCUAGAUUAACUAAUUUCAACAGAUACAAUGAUAACCAUCACAUAUACACAAUCAAACCAAAAACAUUCCCAGAGAUUAUGAAAUUAUCCCAACCUCAGAUUAUAUUAUAUGUGUAAAUCUUUUGGAUUAAUCGAUAAUCUGAUGGAUUUUAAUUGUUUUAACCCUUUAACCUUCUUCUUAUUAAUCUGAAAAGUUAAUUUCAUAUAAUGAAAUAUUUUAUUUCUGUUAUCAUGAUUAACAUGUGAUUCAUUUGACCAAUGAACUUGAUGCCAUUAAUUAUCAGAUAUAACCUUAAAGAGAAACAUUAUCAUGUAAUUAUAUUAUAAAUUAAUUGUAAUCUCGGUUUAAAUUGUUGUUCAUAUCAUAUUAUCUAUUAUGUAUAAAUACAGUUAUCAUUAUAAUAUUGGAGCUGGAUCAUUCUCAUUGAAUGUUACAGAAAUAAAUGAAUGUUAUGAAAUAAACAAGAAAAUA